AUGUCCUACUCCAUACUCAACAACCAAUUCAAUUUGCCACCACCACCGCCCACGAGCCUCUUCUCCACCGUCCGCGAUGAGGCUGGCCGCGCUUGGUUCCCGGACUUUACCCGGGAUCAAGAUCCCGUCGCCUCGUUAAAGCAAUUUGUCGAGAGGCUCUUCUAUCCACAUCUUCGCAACAGUACGUUCGUGCAGCUCAAGGUCUUGUCGGUCCUCACUGCAAUCGUCGGCAUCUGGAUCUUUCUUAUCAUCCUUCGAAGAGUUUGGGAAAGGUCAUUCUGGCUUUUUCGUCUGGUUAGACGUAGUAACGGUACACUCGUUGUGCCCAACGCUGUUACCUCCUUUGUUGCCAUCGAGAGCAUGUUUGCAAUCCUUCUCAUCGCCUUAUGCUGGGAAGUUGUUGCGUGGUUUCAGAAUCAGCAAUCGCCAAAGCACAUCAUUCUCUGGAUCGGCUUGACGUGGCUUCCUCUCAUACUGGGCGCCUGGUGCACCACCGUCGGUGUUGUUUAUGCACGUCCAAACGCCCUUAGCUUCGUCUCGCCGCAACCUGGCAAGCCUCAUAGUCUGGCGCUUCGGAUGGGCAUAACGCCCACCGCUGUCAACGUCUUUGUGUUUUCAAUCCCAGUGAUCCAGGUCGUCAGUGUCGUCGUUCCUGUCGUGCUUGCACAGAAGCGUUACAGCUGGGCUUUCGAUCACCAUCAACGCUGGUCGGCAUCUGUACAACCCGGCGACGUCCUGUCGCGCGACAUGCUGCUCGACGCGCAGCAAAUCUGGUUCGAGGUGCUGGACGCGGCCUACUUACUCUCCAUCUGCAUGACAGUCUGGGAAGCAUGGGUCUGCGGCUUGUUCAUAUGCCACUGUCUAGCAGGCGGCUCACUUGUCGCCACGUUGCGCAAACAGCUUACAACGCUCAAGUCGUUCAAGCAGAAUCGCACCUUUAGCGAAUCAUUCUCUGUUCGCAAUGGCGAGUCUGCUCAUGUGCGCAGCCCAACCAAUGCUUACCCCAAUAUUGUCGUUGGAAGCGAUUUGGAUCAGCACGAAGGCGAUAUCGAAAAGCACGCGAUCAGUCCUGCAAACGGCGAGCGUAUGCUAUCCGUGCAAGCGCCGCCUCGCUCCCUCUCCACCUCCUCGGCCGUAUCAGGCAAUACUACGCUGGUAUCUGGCGAUUCCAAUCUCCAAUGGUCUGCGUGCCACCAGGGUCCUUGCAAUGGCAAAUUGGUAGGCGACAUGCACAUAAUCGCAUCGAAUCAGGAUGACAAUGCUCAAGAACAAACGCGCUCGAUGUAUUUCACACAGCAAGAACUUGAGAACGAAGACCUGCCUUCUCACACCUUCUUUCCUUCUGUUCGUCCGUCGGCUUUCGAGCGACCAGCUCCAUCAGUGUCGGAAACGCAAAACUCGCACAAACGCUACCUGGAAAAGUUCUACAUGAACUUUGUCGUUCAAUUUGUCGGCUUGAUGCUGUGCAUGCUGUUCUUUGCCAUCUUUUGUGGCAAGCUCACCACAACGUGGUAUUCGGCUUGGGAAGCCAACGACUUCGCCUCGGCUCUCGAGGUUGCACUUCUCGUCGUGUGUUGGGUCACCGUCGUUCUGGCGAGCAUCAUCAUCUUGGCCAUCCUUAGCCGCACAUAUGAGCCCGUGCUGUCCAACAUCAGUGCGGCCACUCACAGCCGCUCCAGUGGAAGCCGCAGUCGGCACUUCAGCCUGUCGCGCACCAAUGACGCAUUCACACGGAGGUUGUCAGCGAAACGCUUGAGCGACGCAAAGACGUGGGCUGCAUCGAUGCUGUCACAUCAGCACAGCCAGGAAAUCGGGCUAGAGCAGGUGCGAUCGCGCCGUAGGAGCAGCCGUGCUGGAUCUCUCUCUGGAGUCGGACGGACGUCGUUGUAUGCCUAUGCCGAACUCGACGGCGAGCAACAAUCUCCGAAUGUAGAGUCGAACGCCUACAGUCCAAAUAGUCGGCCAUUGACUUUGCGCAAAGCUACUAUGUCAAGCUCUACGCCCGACCUGCAGGCUACAACGAUAUUCUCGAGGUCCCUGAACGAGUCACAAAGGCAGCGCUCGCUACGAGGUACAGUCACGAGCCCGCCAAGCAAGGGCAACAAGACAGGCGUGUUGGUAGAGCAAACGGUCAGCACGAUCGUGGAACAUCCGGCAGUGGAAGAACACUACCAAGUUGAGCGUCCGCCUAGAGCAAUCUAUGCCUCGCCGUCUAGGUCCGCCUUGUCGCCGCAUCACGAUUUUGCUCUCUAUUCAAUCGAUGGCGCCUUUUCGACGCCCGGCUGCUCCCAUGUCGAAAGCGACUGGACACAAAGUCCUGCUACACCAGUCACGAUAUGGACACCCUCAACACCAUCUUCGGCGAAACCGCUGGUACGAAGAGCCCAGAGCAACGGGCACGAUUCGAACAGCUCGCUAAGCCCUCACUCUCAUGAGCCCUUGGUGACUCUUGAUGGACAAGAAUUCGUGCUACAUCCCUUGCACCCGCGGCCACGGUCUCAGUCAGCUAAGAACCGCAGCAAGAAUGAGGUCGGCUUGGGAAUCGCUAUGACUUCGACUUCGCCGUGGACAGCCCCGCUGGUUUGGGACAGCGGCCAUCCGGACCCGGUGCUGAUGAAAGAGGACGCCGAGAUGCGAUUACGUAUGGCGUCGCGUGCAAUAUCUGAACGUACGUGA